AUGGCCCGGAACACCAUUCACAAUGUGUGCGUGAUCCUGCUGAUGCCGGUGGUCAUGGUGCGGUUCUUCUGGCAGGACGUCCAUCCGACGUUCGGCGACAGGCUGCGGAUUAUGAACAAGAAACGGCCGCCAAGCCCGAAGAAGCAGAGGGAGGACAAGGAGAAAGAUCAAACGGCCUUCCGACGUACCAGAGCCACGCGACGCUCCGUCCGUGGCUCCCUCCGUUCGGGUUAUGCCUUCUCCCACUCCCAAGGAUUCGGAGACCUCAUCGUCAAGGGCAAACUCUUCAAAAACAUCGAGAACAUGCGAUCAAAAUCCCCACGCGGCCCGACGACGUCGUCAGGGAUAGCCCCGGUCGUCGAUAGGGAAAUAAUAGAACAUCCGAUGUUAUCACCAAUCGAAGAGCAGCCAACACCUAGACAGGAGCCCCCACCGAUGCUGACCACGAUGGAGACGACGUUUCCGGUGACGAGGAGAAGGUUUGUCUCAAAUGAUCAGUGCCAACGCCCUGUUUUUCAGGAGAGUACCUCAUUCGUGCCCCCGCCCGGCCAACAUAACCUUGUCGUCAACCAGGAGCAACCGCACGGGUAUCCAGGCCUGAUCACGGCCCGAGACCAGCCGGGCCCCUCUCAAGGUGUCCGUAUCACGGGUGAUGGCCGUCCGGUCGCGAAAAAGGGCAAACGGACCGAGACCCAGAACGUGAUUGUCGAACGAUUC